AUGCCAUCUCCAAACAAUGAUGUCCUGAAAGACAAUUCUAAUAGAGCUUACUAUGAAUUGAUGGCUGAUUAUUUACAAUCAGAGUCUAAAAAUGCGGGAUCAUUGAAGAGGCCUCGAAGGCAGAGGAAAGCAAGCCCAGCCCAACAAACAACGUCAAAUAUCAAACUUGAACAGAGGAAAGACCCAAAGAAACAUAUGGUACGAAAGUCCCAACAUCCUUCCAGAGCCUCUGUCUCGAAGGUUGUUGAAUUGACAAAGAAACAAACUCAUAAUAGUAUACCACGGGAUGCGCAAACUCCGAACCGCAUACCGCCUAAGCAACAAUUUCCCACCACACCAGGCUCAGAAGUAUAUGAUGUUGACGAUGACGAUGGCGAUUCUGAUGGAGACGAAGAUUCUGAUGAGGAAUUCGACGAUGAUGAUUUUGAGGAUGUGGAAAUUGUCUCAUCCUCAAAGCCCAUGACUAGCAAUAAUGCAUACAACCAAAAUGAUUCAAUUUCCGUGACCAUCAAAGCCAGAAAAGUAUCAAGAAAACCCAAAUCCCACGUUAUCAGCAAAGAACAUCGUUUGCAACGUAGAGAAGUUCAUAUGAUGCAUUUGGUGUGUAUGCUUGUGUACGGACGUCAACGUAAUAAUUGGUUAAACAAUAGUCAAUUGAAAUUGCAGUACUCGAGUGUAGUGCCGAAAAAUAUAUACUCCGAGCUUCACCCGAGCAUUAAGAAUCGUGAAUGGAGCAAUGGGGUGAAAUCAAGGUAUUUUUUGGAUGGUUUGAGACAUUUAAUGGAAAUAUGGGUGAAAAGAUUCAGAAUAUCGUCACCUACGGGGAUUUUCAAAUUAAAUUGGGGAGAAAUUGAAACAGUGGAUGAAAAAUUUCGCGAACAAAUGAAAAAGCUUAGAGAAAAAGGGAUGAAUAAAAAAAUGUACUUGUAUAACUUGUCAAAUUUUACAGGAAAUAGAGAUAUAGGAGGUCAAGGGUUCGUUGCUUUGUUAAGAAGUGUGCAAGUAAAGGCAAGAUUAGUUUUCAGUAUUCAGCCACCGGAUUUUACAAUCGCCAGUCUUGUGAAAACUGAAGAUAAUUCUAGUGAUGAUAGUGAUGAUGAACUAGAAAACUCUCAGACGAAGAAGAAGAAAAAGACCAAGAAACUGAAGAGCCCCCUGGGUGUUAAACUGGCUAGGAGCAGAAUCCCUAAGUUCCAAUCCAAUUCGAAGUCUCUUCUUCAGAAAAUCAUAGACACCCACAACAAAAAACUAGACGUUAAUCCAACUUCAAACUUUUAUUUGGAAAAGAUCAUGAAGCAAAAUCCAAACUUGUCUGCAUAUCCUGUAUUUUGGGCCGAGGCCUGGAAUCCAUAUUCAAAAAAAUGGAUAACCAUAGAUCCUAUCAAUUUUCGGAUCAUUGAAGAUAUUCAAAAAGUUUCAAAGUUAGAGCCUCCAAUGAGUGAUGAUAGAAAUAAUUUGCUAUACGCUAUUGCUUUCGAUAGAACUGGUAGUAUGAAAGACGUCACUCGUAGAUAUGCCAAAUAUUUCAAUUCAAAGACCAGGAAAAAGAGAAUCACCAGAGAUUCCAAAGGAAAAGAAUGGUACGAUAAAGUUUUUGAUCGCAUGAUGAUAAAGCAUGAGAAAUCUGAAGUGGAUAUCCUUGAAGAUGAUUAUUUCACCCAAAGGAAUAUCAAAGAAGGCAUGCCAAACAAUAUCGGGGACUUUAGAAAUCAUCCUGUUUAUGUUUUGGAAUCUCAAUUGAAAUCUAAUGAGAUUUUAUACCCGAAAGAACCAUGUGGUUACGUUUGUCAAAAGUCCAAUGGGAGAAACACAAUGUCGAUUCCAGUAUAUCAUAGACAGCACGUUCAGGAGUUGAGAUCUGCUAGAGGUUGGUUUCACCAAGGUAGAAUGGUUAAAAUGGGCGAAAGAUCAUUGAGAGUGAAAAGAAAAAAAAAAAAGAAUGUUCGCCAGGCUUUCAAUUUCAAAAAGAAAGAUGAUGAGGAAGAGAAUAAUGAUGAGGAAGAUAAUGAGGAUAACACUGUGAGAUUGUACGCAGAGUUUCAGACUGAGUUGUACAAACCCGAUCCGAUUAAGAAUGGUGUCGUUCCUAAAAACGCUUAUGGUAAUAUUGAUGUUUACACUGAUUCAAUGGUACCAGAAGGAGGUGUUCUCAUUACAUCCAAGUUUGCAAUUCAGUCUUCUAAACUUUUGGGUAUUGAUUAUUCUCCUGCAGUGAUUGGUUUCAGCUUUAGUUAUAGAAACUCCACGAAACCUAAAGUUGGAGGGGUUGUUGUUGCGAAAGAGUACGAAGAGGCGGUUAACCUUGUCAGUGAGCAUUUGAAGGAUGAGGAUAUUGAACGUCAAAGGAAACAAACUGCUUCAAAGAGCAUAAAGGCUUGGAAAUUGGUGUUCGCCAAGCUCAGAAUCGUUGAAAGAUUGGAUCGUAUACACGGGGAAGUUCCUGAGGAAAAUGUGGAUCUUUCUGAUGACGCUGACGAAAACUUUGAAGAAUCAAUAGACUACGCAAAGGAGAAUGAUAAUGAUAAUGAUGAUGAUAAUAAUAAUGCGGCUAUAGAUACUGACAUAUAUGGCGGUGGGGGUUUCUUGCCUACAGAUAUGGAUCAGAAUAUCUUGAAGGAAGAUGAUUUAAGAAAGAGGAGGGAACAGAAGAGGGCAAAAUUUAAUAAUGAUAAUAAUGAACAUGGAAACGAGGAAGAGGAGGAUUUUGGGGAUGAAUUUUUCCCUGAGGAUAAUGGUUCUGCUAAUGAAGAAGAAGAAGAUUUUGAGGGAGGGUUUUUCCCUGAGAAUGAUGAGAUCGAAAAUGAAGGAAAAAAACAGGUCGAGGGAGGCUUUUUCCUUGAGGGUAAUAAUGCCCGUGACGUACACCAAGAAGACUUCGGAGGCGGUUUUUUCCCUGAAGAUAGUAAUGAAAAUUCUUAUGGGGGUGGUGGUUUCUUAGAACCACAAGAGCCCAGUAAAUCCCCAGUCGACGGAGGUGGCGGCUUCUUCUUAGAUGAUAAUAAUGAAAGCGGUGGACAGAAAAUUCAUGAUGAUGCUGAUGUUGUUGAUGAAGAUUUGGACAAGCAAUUUGAAGAUUUCCAAAAACAAAUGGAAGAUGAAGACUUUGUGUAUAAUCCAGAUGAUGAGGAUACUUCUUCACCUAGUGGUGGGAAACAGAAAGUGGGAAGCUACGAGCAAAUUGAUUUAGAUGAAGAGAUCGCUGUUGAUGAUACUCAAGAGCCCUCUAAUCACGAAUCUUAUGAAGAUUCUGGGAGUGGCAUGAACAAUGAUAUUUUGCAAGACAGUAUUAGUUAUUCAAAGGGAGUAGCUGAAUACCAACCCGAGGAUGAAGUAAUUGACCUUACUAUGCCAAAUAUAGGAAGAACUUCAGAAAGAGCAAUCAAUGUUGAAGAUUUUGAAUCUAAAGGACAGAAAUAUGAAACGGCGAUCGAUGUUGAAGGUUUUGAAUGUACAGAAAGAAAAAACGAAACAGAAGUGAAUGAUAUUGAGUCGGAAAAUAGUCAAGAGAAUAAUAUUGAGUCGGAAAAUAGUCUUACUGAACAACUGGUGGAUGAGAUCUCUACAAGUGGAAGCGGAAUUCCCAAUCAAGACCAAGCGAUGGAGAAUAAUAGGGAAGAAGAAGAAGAAGAAGAAGAAGAAGAAGAAGAAGAGUAUGAUUUUGAAUAUAGUGACUCUGAGUGA